AUGGAUGAUUUUAUGGGUGAAACGAAAUCUGAUUCUCAAGGAAAUUUCGAAGUUUCCGGUUAUGUUCGUGAAAUGUCAACAAUUGAUCCAAAAAUUAACAUUUAUCAUGAUUGCAAUGAUGGAAUUAAGCCAUGCCAGAGAAAAAUCAGCAUUAUGAUACCAGAUGGAUAUAUCACAACAGCAGAAAAACCACGCAAAUGGUAUAAUGCAGGCACAAUUGAAUUGGCUGGUAAAUUCGCUGGAGAAACUCGCGAUUGUAUACAUUAA